AAAAAGAGCAAAGCUGAACCAAAUUCCAACCCGCUCAUGCACUAGCCACAAGGCUCCUCACGCUGCCCUUCAAGAUGAUGUCCAUGAACAGCAAGCAGCCUUUCAGCAUGCAUCCCAUUCUACACGAGCCCAAAUACGCUCCCCUCCACACAAGCUCAGAAGCCAUCCGCAGAGCCUGCCUUCCGGGACCACAGAUUGGACAGUGUCAAUUCUUAGAUGUAGGAAAUGCUAGAAUAUGGCAGCUUCAAAGUAAUAUCUUUGCCGGUUUUGAUGAAACUUUACUCAGAGGAGCGGAAGCUUUGGCUGCUGUGGAUAUUGUAUCUCAGAAAACACAUCCGUUCAAGCCAGAUGCCACGUACCACACCAUGAACAGCGUGUCCUGCACGCCAACGUCUUCGACAGUGCAUCUGCAUCAUCCUUCUGUGUUAACAACUCACCAUUCGCAUCACCAUCCUCACCAUCAGCCUUCACAGGGCUUAGAUGGGGACCUUCUAGAUCACCUAAACCCUGCUCUUACCCUAGGAGGUGUCCCGGGACCAGAUGUCGGAUCAACACCCUCCCAUCCCCACGCUCAUAUGUCUGCCAUUAACCACAUGGCCCACCAUACACAGUCUAUGACACUCUCUCACAACCAUGCACUGACAACUCACACGGCCAUGAGCUGUUCUGAAAGUGAGACAGACCCAAGAGAACUCGAAUCGUUUGCAGAAAGAUUCAAACAGAGGAGAAUAAAACUUGGUGUAACUCAGGCCGAUGUUGGGUCUGCCUUGGCCAAUCUGAAGAUCCCAGGUGUUGGUUGCCUCAGUCAAAGCACCAUUUGCCGGUUUGAGUCUCUUACAUUGUCUCAUAACAACAUGGUGGCCUUAAAGCCCAUAUUGGAAGCCUGGCUAGAGGAGGCAGAAAGAGCUCAAAGGGAAAAAAUGACCAAACCUGAAAUUUUUACUGGGGGCGACAAGAAACGCAAACGCACCUCCAUCGCCGCCCCAGAAAAAAGAUCACUAGAAGCUUAUUUUGCUGUCCAGCCAAGACCUUCUUCAGAAAAGAUUGCAGCGAUUGCAGAAAAGCUAGACUUAAAAAAGAAUGUAGUCCGGGUCUGGUUUUGUAAUCAAAGGCAGAAACAGAAACGAAUGAAAUUUUCGGCAACCUACUGAGACGUGGUGCUCUCUGUUGGACUGACCGAUGAACAGUUUUUUCAAUCUAAGGGAAUUUAGAUACAUUGACAUUGUGUCUUCGUACCUUGGCAUAGAGACGAACUCAUUAAAGACUGGGACAUACAGUAAUAGCCACCUGUAAAGUUGUGCUGGUGAGUGGAAAGCUUGGGAUGGUGUCUUUUGGUUUGGCGUUGACGACCAAAAAAAUAAAAAAUAAACUCCCUUGACUUUAUCAAAUUUCCAAAAAUAAAGAAAAUAAAAACAUCAUAAUAACAAACAAACCAAUCAUAACAAAAAGAAUGGAAAGCAAAACUUGAAACCCUGUAUGAUGUUUCUCUCAGUUUGAACUACCCUUUUAUAUUUAUUAUUGUAAAUACUACCCUGUGAUGAAUAUUGCACCAGUGGUUCAAAGGUUUAAGUUAUUUACUUAUUUAAUUUGUUACAAUGCACACGUACACACACCGAUCCUCACACCAAAUAUUAUUUUAUUUGAUAUAAUCGAAAAACUAAAAAAAAUACUCAUUGAUUACAAGAGUCCUUGUCUCUGCAUGGUCGUAGUCACUCUCCAAUAACUGUUUUGUUUCUACCUCAUCGUUUGCUAGAAAGCACAUGUUUUGAUCUGUAAGACUCUGUAGGAAGCAGCGAGUAAGUUCAAAUAGUCAUGACCCUGCGAUUCCACUACAAAGAUGCUUUGACAAUCAAAUUAGUUUGUUCACAUUUAUCCCCCCCCCCCCCCCACCUUAGGUUCCCCCUUGAAAUGGAUAAGACAUUGUAUGUGGAGGUACAUAUUGUCUAUAGCAUUUCAGCACAGUCUCACCAUUUGUGUGCGUGUGUUACUUUAAUUUAAGACAAGAUAUAAUAGUUGACGACAGCGGCGAGAGUUCUAUAUUUAAAGGUUUUAACUUAUAUGUAAUCGAUUUCACAAUGGAUAACUUAAGGUCAAUAAUUUUUUGGGAAAUAUUUAAAUAUUUGCACUUUUUUGGCAAGAUACACAUUGCUUGGCAUAAGAGGGAUUUCCCAUCUGUUACUUCU